CCUGCCUUCCUUCGCGUCCUUCUCCUUCCCUCCUUCCUUCCUCCCGGGGCGGGGUCUGCCUCGCCCUGCCCCCUUUGAUGCCCCCGGGGUCUCGGGGGGGAGGUGGGGGAGGAUCCCUCCAAUCCGAGGGGCAGCUGGGCUCCUUCUUAUCUGGGCUCAGGGCCCCAGCCUCCUCGCUGCCACUCGCCCCGCUGCUCCGGGGCCGCCAGCCGAGGAGAAGAGCAGGAAGGCGAGCAGAAGAGGAGCCGGGUCCGGAGGCGACGGCGGGGCCCUCCCCUCUCCCCUCCCCUCCCCCUCCGGAGCCCUGGGUCUCAGGGGCCCGAUCCCUCCCCCGGGGCCAGAUCCUGCCAUGUUCCUCGCCGGAGGGGGCUCCUCUUCCUCGGCGGGCGCUGCCUCCUCCAAGCGCUGCUUCAGCAUCGAGUCCCUGGUGGGCAAGGAGAGCCCCGAGGGCCAGUCCAGCCUCCGCAGCCCCCCGGCCCUGGCCUGCUUCCCCCCGGGAGGCCCCGAGGCCCCCUUCGGAGCCCCGCCGCCGGCCUUCCCCGGAGCAGCAGCAGCAGCAUCAGGAGCAGGGAGAGGCCCGCCGCUCUAUGGGGCCGCCGAGCUCCUCUUCCCCGACGGAGGCCCCCUCCCGGCCCCGCCGCCCCCCGGAGCCCACCUCCAGGGCCCCCACCACCAGCACCACCCCCACCCCUUCUUCGCAGCCCCCCACCAGCCCCGGGCAGACCCCCUCGGCUUCUACCCCUGGGUCCUAAGGAACCGCUUCUUCUCCCACCGAUUCCAAG